AACUUCACGACAACGAGAUUAACGACGACGAAUAUAAUUUUUUAAAAUUCGCGCAAUAAACCAUGUAAGCGGAGGUUCCAAUCGUUCACAGAAUUAUAACUUUUAGCACGCCUGCCUUUUUCACAUAUGUACAUACAUAAGUAUAUGAUUCAUUAUUAGUAAUUUAUAAUUACGAUUUUGCAAGCCGUUUAUAUAUACAUACAUACAUAUGUAUAUACGUAUAGUACAAACCGUCUUUGUGUGGGCACGUUAAUACACAUAUGUGUACGUAUAUAUAGGAGUGUAUGUUCUUAAAUGAGUCGUACAAUGCCAAACCGAUAACCCCAGAGUCAUACUCUAGUCACGUCAUAAAAUCUAAGUAUGUAUGAAUGCUCGUGUAUGUAUGCACCCAUACCCCAGAUGAAGACACGAAAACUGGGAUGAUUGUGGCGAUCUCAACAAAACAGUUGCAAUUUGAUUUUCGACUGUAUAACAACGCGUCUGCUCUCCGAAAUGAAAUGUUUAAAAAAGUAUUCGUUGCAAAUAAUUUGUGUGAUUUUGGCAUGCGCACACACCUUCGCUACACCGUUAAUAGAGGAUCGUGCUAAAAAAAUUCCCUUGAAUCCAACGAAAACGGAAAUCGAUAUAAUGCGAACAGCAAAGACCAAUUCAAUAUUAAACAAUAUGGAUAGGAAAAUUGAUCCAUGCGAUGACUUCUACAAGUUUGCGUGCGGAAAUUGGACCCGCCUCUACCCUGCUACUACAAUCGAUCACUUGACAACUGGUCUAUUUGAAGAGUUGAGCCAUUUACUUGACCGCAAAGUGGAAAAACUUUUAACAAAUGAUCCAAAUUUCAAUUACACCGACAUCGACAAUAAAGUAAAGGACUUCUUUGAGUCCUGUAUGAAUUUAGUUCAGAAGAAAGAAAACCUCAAACAAGACUUAAUUCGCACUAUCGCCCAGUUUGGGGAAAUGCCUGCGCUCAGCGGUGCUAAAUGGAAUGCGGAUAAAUUCGACUGGGUUGAGACAGUUGCAAAAAUUGCUCACAAAUAUGGCAAGGACAUCAUCAUAGGCAUGGAUAUAAUGGCGGAUUUUAAAGACAACAGCGUCAAUAUAAUUUACAUUGGCCAAGCGGAACUGCCCUUAGAAAGUCGUGUUAUGUAUUUGGAUAAUUCAACAGCUGUGUAUAGAGAUAGUUAUAAAAAUAAAAUUCGUAAAGAGCUUGAGAAAUUUUUAGGAAUGGAUACACAUUUGGCUACGAAGACUGCAAAUGAAAUUGUGAAUUUCGAGGUAAAUUUAGCGUGGGGUUUAGUUGAUGACACACUCGGUCAAAGUCUAGAUGAGUUAUCAAAACUCACAACCAUUGAUGACUUGCAAACCAAAUACGGCAAAGUAAUAGACAUGAAAAAGCUGAUGAACAUAACAUUGGGAGAAAUAGUUCAAGACAAAGUGUAUGAGUAUGCUGGAUCAUAUCAGGAGAACUUGUUGAAAAUUAUUCCUUUGACACCAAAAGCAACACUAGCUAAUUAUAUUUUCUAUACAUUCCUCAACGAUUACAUGCUGGAUAUCGAUAAGUCGCCAAAGAACCAAAAGAAAACCUGCAUAGAGAAGACCAAAUCAUAUUUUGCUAAGAAUGUGGAUAAUAUGGUCUAUCGUAGAUAUAGUACCGGUAAAACUGAGCAAGAUGUGGAAUAUAUGUGGAAUAAACUGAAACAAACAUUCAAAAAUAAGUUACUCUCAGAUGACCUCACCUGGAUAUCAGAACCGACUCGUCAAUAUGCACUUGAAAAACUCGAUGCCCUUCGAAUGGAAAUCAAUUCAUACUCAGAUCAUGAUUUUACCGAAGAAUUUGGUUCAUUGGUCACUAAUAAAUACGAUUAUCUAGGAAAUGUGUUUGCUUUAUUAGAGUUAGAUACUAAAAGAUCUAUCGCAAAAUUACAUGAAGAGCCAAAACCCAUAGAAGCUGGCGAAAUACUAUCCUACACGCCUGCUAAUAUCCUAAUUGAAAAUGUCAUCAAAGUACCGGUUUCGAUUCUGCAGCCGUAUAUUAUGUGGGGUGACUACUAUCCAACAGCAGUGAAAUUCGGUACUUUAGGCGCGCUGGUAGGGCACGAACUUAUACAUGCCUUCGACGAUACCGGACGGCGCUUCGACAAGGACGGUAAUAGUCGUGACUGGUGGGACGAGAAAUCCACAGAGAUUUUUCUUAAUCGCACUGAGUGCUUCAGCAAUCAAUAUAGUCAGUACGAGUAUGGUGGACGUAAACUACCGAAGAGCGUAUCGCAAUCAGAAAAUAUUGCAGACAAUGGUGGUAUGCGAUUGGCAUACGAUGCGUAUCUGCGUUGGUAUGAAGAUGCAGAACGUGCUGGGGAUGACGUUGUCAUGGAAACCCUACCAAAAUUCCCCUACAACUAUAAACAAUUGUUCUUUAUUAGCUUCGCACAAAUUUGGUGCAAUGAUGUCCAUCCCCAAGUCAAACAACUCCAAACAUCAACCGACCAGCAUGUCCCAGGCGAGUUUAGAGUAAUCGGACCUCUCUCGAACUAUGGAAAGUUCGUGAAAGAAUUUAACUGCAAAGAGAACAAACAAAUGAACCGCCCCAAUAAGUGUGAAAUAUAUUAAACUUAAAAUUCUUACUAGGCUUAUGUACAUAUAUAUAUAUAUAUAUAUAUAGUACCAACAUAUGUCUCUCAUUAUCAGUAAUUUAGCAGAAAUCCAUAAACAUUUGUAUACAUACAUAUGUGUAUACGUAUAUAUGUGUAUAUAUACAUAUGUAUAUACAUAAGUUUAUUUAAUUUCAUUGUGAAACAAAACUUAGCAUAUACAUAUAAGCACAAUCAAUUCGGAGUGGUUAAGUCGAAAAUUCUUGUGUAUAAUAUUACAAAGCAACGUAUUUUAAACAAAAGAAGAAGGAUGCGAUUAUAUUAACAGAUUUAUUAAUAAUUUAUAGAAAUGCUUGGCUGAAGUACUUCCUUUCGAUGUUAUCAUACAAAUUGAAGGUCUGAAAAGUGUUAAGGUAGCUGUCCAGAGCGUUGUAAGAACCUCUUUCAUCUUAAUUUAAGAAACUAGCUAAUUCGAAUCUCAAAUCAAAAAAUUUAAAUGAUAAAUUGAGUUCAAAAUAAUUUAGUAUUUUCUAAACGGUGUUCUGCAUUUAUAACUCGUUUACACAACUUUGUUUUAUUCGAAGUUUUGUAAGUUUUAAACCUUCAGAAGAGUAAUUAGGUUAAAUAGCAAUAACUAGUUGAACUAUUUCAGAUUUAUGACCACAUAUGGUUUUUCGCCGUAGUCUGCAAAGUGAUUUUAGAUCGGUUUAGAAUCUCCACCUAGUCUACAUUCAAACGCUAUGUGAUGUAAAAAACCAAAUGUAAAUUUUUGUUUUUGGAAUGUAUACAAACGAACAUAUAUAGUGUCUCAAUAAAUCUAACAAACCCCCUUGUAAAGUUUA